AUGGAGAUAAUUGUUGUACUUUUUAUUUUAGUCACUAAUGUGGAUUCUAUAAAGUUUGAUUUAAAUCGCUUAUCGACUGGAUUCAUUAACUAUGGCAUGAAUUCUGGGUUUGGUACCAGAACUCACACGACUUCUCUUGAUAAAUUAACUAAACACAAAAAUAAUCCUAUUUAUAGCCUGGAAUCCGACGACGGUGAACUUCCACACCUUGGACAAAAUAACUUCAAAUUAAGAGGAAUUAAAUUAGAAAAUAGCGUCUUGCCACUUGGCGACUACGUUCUUAUAGUAAAAAAUGAUGUUAUUGAUGUUACUAAAUCCGGAGUUUACCUGAGCACACAAAAAAAAAGGGAUUUUGUUGGAAGCGUAUUGGCAGUUGGUCCCGGAAGACUAAAUAAAACAACAGGGCUGAGCCUUGCAGUAAUAGUUUCUGCUUUGGGAGUAACCACACCGUUGAGCGUAAAAGUUGGAGAUAUAGUGUUAUUUGACCCUUCAGAUGAAAAUUUAGAUCUAAAGUAUAAUGACAAACCCUGCGCGCUGGUCCGUGAAGAGCAGAUUUUUGCUCGUUUAAACGUAGGAAGGCACGAAAUAGAUAACACAAUAACAUACGAAAAGGUUGUCCCACUAUUUGAUAGGAUGCUGGUCCGGGUUCUUGAAACGCCUAAAAGAACAGAGAGCGGAUUAGUUAUAUCAAAUUCAAACACAAGAGAUGAAUUGAUCAAGGCCAAAAUCGUUUCAUUAGGGCCGGGAAAUUACACAGAGAGUGGCAAACUGUUGCCAAUUGAGGGUCUGUCAGUAGGCGAUACUGUGCUGUACAGACAUAACGAGUAUGAUUCAGAAGGGAUGCAGUUUUGGGAAAACUGUGAAUAA